AUGUACUGCAGUGCGUGCUGGUCCGCGGAGCCAAAGCACAAGCGGCCGGGGCAUGAGCAGUCGGUUCCAGCAGACGCCAUCACCGUCCAUACGACCCUCCGAGUUCGGCUUGAUGAUUUCAUGCUUUUACAGAACCAGUUGGAGAUCGUCAAAGACCAGCAGCGAUUCAGUCAAUGGGAUGAGAAGAGCGAGUGGUUCGGAGUGGCGGCGAAGAAUGCCAAGGGGGACUACAUCCUCAGCGAAGGGCCCGCAUACGAGGGAAUCCUGCAAGAGGCUUGUAGUUCACCGCUCACUUAUCCCACACUUGUGUCAUUUGUCGGAGAAACCGGGUCCGGAAAGAGCAGCCUAAUAAGCCUGCUUAUGAAGUUCUCAUCUUCCCCUUUGCGCAAUCUGCUUACAACCCCGGUUGUUGGGGCAGCGGGAUCGCUCGACUCGACGUCCUCAAAUGUCAAUCUCUACGCCGAUCCGGGAACGUUCCUCUCGGAGAACCCGAUACUGUACGCCGACUGCGAAGGCAUGGAUGGAGACGAAAUCCCGGCUCAGAUGCGCAACACGCCAGGCAAGCCGUCGCCCGGCGAUCUCAAUGGCGAUUCUGAAGAGGCACAGAAUAUCGCUCGGUAUAAUCCCGUGCACAUUGACUGGGACGGGAAGAUGGAAGAUGGCAAGCCCGUGACGAGGAAGCGUAUUGCCAAGACCCUCUUUCCAAGAAUCCUCUACAUCUUCUCGGACGUGGUGGUCUAUAUCCAAUACAACAGACGACGCCUCGAGGACACAGUCCUUCAGCUGGUCAAGUGGGCCCACAACGCGACCGAGCAAGCCUACAAUAAGCCUGUCCUACCUUGUUUGGUCAUCGCGUUCAUGGACCGGGAUGGACAGGUAGACACGGACGACUACGACAUCGACAGCGCCAGGCGAAAUGUAUUCGACAAGCUCAAUGACAUCAGCGGCAUGCAAGAACUCCAGUGGUAUAUCAAUUAUUGGGAGAACAACAAGCAGACGAUCCGUUCAGGGGAAGAUCUUCUCGGCUGCUACUACUCCUCCGUUAGUGUGGUCAACUUUCCCGGCAAGACGCGUCCAACCAAAAUUCACGAGCAGACGACAAAGCUGUACAACCAGAUCGCCCGUGCCUGCAAGGAGUCUCAGCAGCGUCGAGAAGAUGCCUGGAUGAAGCUGAAUGCCGCCACGCUACCUCUAUACAUGCGAAAGGCAUUUACACAUUUCGCGUCAAACUACACAACCCCUUUUGACUUUUCCGACGCUUGGGUAGACCUCCACCAGGUCUCAUUUAACCUUCAAGGGUCAAUCUUCAACUUGGCCACAAAGGUCGGCGAGCUGAGAAAGGUGAGGGGAAUGGGUGUGUGGGAGGAAAUAUCCGGUUUUGUAGCAUCCUGUCUCCUGCUCAAGUGCGCUCGCGAGAAUUACCCAGUAAAAGAGGAAGCCUUACUGCCAGCGAAGGUCUGGGAGCAAUGCUACCAGGCCGCAGAUCAGUACUGGCAGUUGUAUUGGCCCUGUCGGUACACCGACGACGGAUGGGGCCCCUGCAUCAACGGCCCGUCCCGCCAUGUACACCAUCAAGGGCGCGACACAAAAUCCGACAAAAAGGUAGCCAAGGGGAGUCAUGACCCGAGCCACAGCCGCCAGGAACUCCGUAGUAAGUUUCAAAACCUCGUAGAGACGGCCCUGCGAAGCUUGACCAGCGGACUCGGUUCGCUUGGCAAACCUGAAGCGAAGGUGGUGCACUCCUUCACCGGUGAAAUCAGCUCGCUUGUGGAAACACCGAUGAGCCUGAGCCGGGUAUUCCGGGCGCAUAUGAAGAAGAUGAAUGCCUUCUAUAAGGGGCUGGGCAACAUCGACGACUUCGUCAGCCAUUCGACAUGCCUCGCUUGCCUGGACCGGAUCCCUGAGCACUGCCUGCCGUGCGGUCACGUUAUUUGCAGCGCCUGUGUUGCGGCCGCUGGAAAGUCUAUUGAUGGCGGCUUCGUCGAGCUCAAGCGCUGUCCCCUUUUGGAGCACCGCCAAGCAGAGUAUUGGUCCAAGCCUUGGAUCGGAUGCGUCAAGCCUGAGCAGGCUGGGCUGCGAAUCCUGACGCUGGACGGAGGAGGCAUAAAGGGGGUUACGGAACUGGAACUUCUGAUGAGGAUCCAAAAGUGCCUUGGCGAAGUGCCAUUGCGUGAAUUCUUUGAUCUGAUUGUUGGCACGAGUGCCGGGGGAAUCAUUGCCUGCGGACUCGGUCCUGGUGAGAUGGACAUCAGCGAAUGUGCUGCCAAAUUUGAGGGUCUUUCCACGAGGGCCUUUUCCAAGCCCGGCGCGGGAGACAUCCCGGUUGUCGGCACACUGCUGAGCCGGAUGUACUCACUCUUCAACCAGGGCUCCUACAAGACUAAGCCGCUAGAGGACGCUCUGAAGGAGACCUUCCAGAGCCGUGGUCUCUUUGGUGGCGCCUCUGAGUUCACUGCUGUCCCGGUCAAAGUUGCUGUCACGGCAUCAACGCCGCACGGCCGGGCUAUUGUUAUGGGAAAUUACAAUCGGGGGCAUCCCACGCGAGCGUUUUACGAUUUCCAGAGACCGCCGCCAGAUCGAGAAUUGAAACUGUGGGAGGCGGCGAGGGCCACCUCUGCAGCACCGACGUACUUUGCGCCCUUCGCCCAUGAGGGGACGAGACAAGUGUACCUGGAUGGCGGGCUGUGGCAUAACAACCCCAUCAGGAUCGCGGAUGCGGAGAGCAAGGCGAUAUGGCCCCGCAACAAGCAACCCCAUCCCGACAUUGUGCUGUCGAUUGGGGCGGGCUACCACUCGACAGAAUCCACCGCUGCAGACGGCGCGCAAGCUUAUCAUGAGCAGAUCGGGGCCGAGAGUCUCAAGGAUGAGAACGGGUCGACUUGGCGCGACAAAGAUGUCUACGUCAAGUUCCUGGUCGGCGUGGCGCUGAGCCAGAUCAUGAGCAGCCUGAACUCGGAGCGCAUCUGGCAUGAGUGGCUGGAAGCCCGCGCGCCCGAUGCGAGAGCUCGACGUAGAUAUCGUCGGCUGACGGCCGAGCUGGAGCGUCUCGUGAAGUUGGAUGAUGCCUCAACCGAAGGGAUCAAGGCGUGCCGGGAUGCAGUCAAGGCGAUGGACGAUCGCCAGUUCCGGGACAUUGCUGAUCAGCUCAUAGCCUCGUGUUUCUACCUCCACUUUGCCAAAGAAGAUAUUAUGGAGUAUUCGGAUGGGCAUUUUGAGGCUCACGGCGCCAUCAAAUGUCGACUGCGCCCUGAGAGCAUCAGUUUGUUGGGGAAAUACCUCUCGAACCUGUGCACUUCAUCGCCCUAUUUUCGACCGCGCUUCCUCGUCAAAGAGACGCACGAGAACAAGGCAAAGGCGAUACAAAUCGACGAGGCUACCGUCAGCCGGAUGAAAGAGGACAAGUGCUUCAGCCUGACGCACAAGAUUGUCGUCUCGAGCUCCCUGGCCGAGACGGAGAUUUUCCUCGUCCUGCACGCCGACGCACAGACUACGGACAAGAUUCCUCACAUCAGCGGCUUUCCGAGGAAGCUGCAGCACGACUAUGAAGUCGACACAACGCGCACCGUGGGUUCCAUUGACCGAUACUGGCAUCGAAUGUACGAGGUCCUACAUCGAGGUCUCUCGGCGAAGACGCGGACGAAAAGGAUAUAUCACAAGAUCAAGGGCGAAGCACACAAGCAGGGUGCAAUACUUUGA